AGAGACUACAGCUGUCCACAGCGAACACAAAAGCGGGCAUGAGCAGAGAGGAGAUGCGCGCGCAGAGUUUGUUACUCCGGAUCAGAGCAUGAUCAUCGAUGAAGAAAGUUCCGGAAUAUCUCCGAUGAAGCUUUUGCAGGCAAAAGUGAUCAGCGUCAACUCGUCUCAAAGUCAUCAAAAGCAACAACAUUUCAAAGGAGACGAUCCAACACCUGAGCGGCUGGACUUCACGACUGGGAAGGCGAGUCCUCGUCUACCGCCUGAAAAUAGAAAUGAUUCAAAGCCCAGCUCUGUCUUCCCGGCGACCCCCAGGAAAACCUUGAUGAACGAUAAGGCAGAUCGCAAAGAUGAUAAAAGCGAAGAAAUGGAGAUGGACACAGCCGAUACCAACAUCC